CCUGCCUUUUCCCUCGAGGCCUCAUCACUCCCAUCACUCCCAUCACUCAGCAACCAACACGCCUCAACAAACAACACAGGAAACAGCAUGGUCAACGCCGCAAAAGUACUCCAGGACCUGCGUGCUUCCGCAGAGCGCAGGCCUGAUGUCGUCGUCAGACUCGGGAAACCACUGGUCGAGAGCGGGGCGGUCCUCAAACUCGAUGUCGAUGCUUGGCUCGUGUACGAACAGGUCGCUAUCGCAGCAUUGGACCUUGGCGACGACGUGCUGGCUCUUAAAUGCAUUCAAGCACUCGAGAAAAAGUUCCCUGGAUCUGCUCGUGUGCGUCGCUUGCAUGGAAUGCAGCUGGAAGCUGUUGGCAAAUUGAAAGAGGCAGGAGAGAUCUACAAAACGAUCCUUCAGGAGGACGAAACCAAUGUCCUCGCUGCAAAGCGACAGGUGAUGCUUUUGCGUGCGAUGGGAUUGCCCUCAGAAGCCAUUGCUGCUCUGGUCAAGUACUUGGAUGUCAAUUAUACCGACUUUGAGGGUUGGCUGCAAUUAGCCGAUCUAUACCUCGAGGAGUUAAUGUACUCGCAAGCAGCGUUCUGCAUGGAGGAGGUCAUCAUGCUCCAACCUCAGAAUCAUAUCUUCCACUUGAAGUACGCUGAGAUUCUGUAUGCACAAGAAAACGUCCCCUUGGCGUUAAAACAGUUCUGCCGUGUGGUUGAGUUGUGCAAAGAUCAUGUGCGCGGUCUCUAUGGCAUCAAAUUGUGCACGUCGCGUUUGUUGAAAGCUGCGCCGUCAAAAGACGCUGCUGUUACUUCCCCAGAGGACCUGAAGGCAAUCGACUUGUUGGCUACAGAGCGUUUGCUUACAGUAUACGGAUCAGGAAAUACUGCGGCCUCUGUCAAGGCUGCCAGCGCCAAGUGGAUCGAAAGCGUGUAGAAUGAAGGAAUGGAGAAAGCAGAUGGUAAUGGACCGUUUGCCACAUAGAUAUCUAAUGCAGCAUUGCCUCUUUGUAAUAAAAUCUCAUCAAAAGUGAACGAUAUCAA